AUGUUCGACCGAGUCAAAGCGGUCUUUUGCAGAUAUCCCGACAACAAGGCGGGGGCGACGAUGGCGGUGCUCGAAUUCCUGGCAGCUCAAGGGGUGCGUUUGGGCCCGUUUACGCAGGCGACGCAGUCCGAAGGUUACUUCUCCAAGGGCAGCCGUAGGGCUUGUGAGGUCUAUUUCCCCCAACCCGGUAUCAGCACGACAGCGAGGUUGACUGGCACUGAAGUCAACCGUAUCAAGGGGCUGCUGAAGAACGGCAAAAAGUCGCCUCUGAGGACCACGGAUUGGGGCGAAUUAGUUUGGAAAGGCUGGCUCGAGUUCAGGUUUAAGAAAGCCGGAAAAGCUACGCGAGCCAGGCGAAACUGUGUCUGCGUGGAGUAUGAACCGAAGAUUGCCCGCAAGCCCCAACAGCCGGAUACCGUGACCUUCGGCCUCGUGGGCACGGUCACCUGCAUACACCAAACUUACCAUCACGGAAUGCUCGCCGUCAUUCUAUGUGUGACUUGCGGCCUCGGCCUGUUGUACUAUUCGGUCCAACUUUCACUUCCUUAUCCGCCUCCCAAGUCCAACUUGCAGAAGUUUCUAGAAGGGUGCAAGGCCUUGUUCGGCUAUUGA